AUGGCUCCGCUGGCCGAGGUGGGGGGAUUCCUGGGCGGCCUGGACGGCCUCGGGCAGCCGGUGGGCGCCCACUUCCUGCUGCCGCCCGCCGGGGAGCGGCCGGCGCUGCUGGGGGACCGCCGGGCGCCGGGGGAGCGGGCGGCCCGCGGCGGGGGAGCGGCGGCGGCGGCGGCGGCGGACCUGGCGCACUUGCAGGGCAUCCUGCGGCGGCGGCAGCUCUACUGCCGCACCGGCUUCCACCUGCAGAUCCUGCCCGACGGCAGCGUGCGCGGCACCCGCCAGGACCACAGCCUCUUCGGUAUCCUUGAAUUCAUCAGUGUGGCGGUGGGACUGGUCAGUAUUAGAGGCGUGGACAGUGGCCUUUACCUUGGAAUGAAUGAGAAGGGAGAACUCUAUGGCUCUGAGAAGCUUACUCCUGAAUGCAUCUUCAGGGAACAGUUUGAGGAAAACUGGUACAACACUUACUCAUCCAAUGUGUACAAACAUGGAGAUUCGGGGCGGCGAUACUUCGUAGCACUUAACAAAGAUGGUACUCCCAGAGAUGGGGCAAGGUCCAAAAGACACCAGAAAUUUACACAUUUCUUGCCUCGGCCUGUGGAUCCUGAAAGAGUUCCAGAACUGUACAAAGAUGUGUUAGGAUACACCUGAGGAAGGAGGCAGCUUUGGAGAAACCCCCGUACUGGAGCUGUUUGACCCUGGCCCCGCUUCCAUGGCAGUACCAGCAUGAGGAACCUGCAGAGGUCUAGGGUGCUGGAUUGGAAGAAGCUACUCUGUGAUAGGCAAGCCUCUGUUUUCUAACCCUUGGAUUUAGGAGACAAAGCCUAAAGGCUGGGAGCAGACCGGCCUCCUUCAAACUUGCUGAACUGUUUGGUAGCCAGUAACCAGAGGGAAGUUGGAGUGUGACUUCUUUAAAAUGAACAAACUCUCGGCAAUUUUGUCUUGGAUUACCUAUGGUCCCUAAAUUAGCAAAGAACUACCUGCAUCAUGUGGAUGAGGCGACAGCUGGAAGAAAUAGAAAUAAAUAGACUGUAAAAUAGUAAUAAAUCCUGAGAACUUUUUGUGGCUCCACUUUAGCGAUGGACCUUAGGUCUUGGUGCAUCAUAGUCAGAGAUGGAACUUCUCUUCAGGAUGGACCUAUUUAUACAUCUCCAGAUAGCAUAUAUUUAUUUUAUAUAUUUAUUUAUUAAAGAGUUUAUUUUUUACUGGGAUAUGAAGAGAAUACAAGCCCCUAACCCCAAUGAGAACUCAUUUACAGUGCCAGUAUCUACUCUGAGUAGUGUCAUGAUACAGAAAUGGCAUUACAUUGCAAUGCAUCCGAAACCUGAAUGUUCAUAUUUCAUUGUUUAUCAGUUACAGAUAAGGUUAUGUUUUACGCACAUACCAUUGCCUCGUUACUGUCCUUCUUUUGGAAAGAAUGUUUAAAUUUUUUUUUGACUUAUGAGAGUGCCUUACAGCUCUGUAUUGAAUUCAAAUGCACAUUUAAAAAGGGAAUUAAAGA